AAGGCUGGGGUUUCCUGCUUGGAUCAGGAGUGCCUGGGGACUCCGAAACGCUCCUGGGCUGCGCGCGCUUUUGGGCUGCGCCACCGACAGAGACAUCUGGAAGCCGGAGCUAGUGGAAGACUCUGCCUCACCUGCCUCCUUGAAGGAAACACGGGGAAGCCAGGACUGGCCGCCGCGUUGGUGACAAAUAUGUCCCAGGGUCUUGCUCUGUUGCCCAGGCUGGACUGCCGUGGCAGGAUCAUAGCUUAUUGCAACCUCCACCUCCCAGGCUCAGGCAAUCCUCCCUCCUCAGCCUCCCAGGUAGCUGAGACUACAGGCACCCGCCCACACUCACGGGACUCGGUGACCUUCGCAGACGUGGCUGUGAACUUCACCAAAGAGGAGUGGACCCUGCUGGACCCAGCUCAGAGGAAUCUCUACAGAGACGUGAUGCUGGAAAACUCUAGGAACCUGGCAUUCAUAGAUUGGGCGACUCCAUGUAAAACCAAAGACGCAACCCCUCAGCCGGAUAUUCUUCCUAAAAGAACAUUUCCUGAAGCAAACAGAGUGUGUCUCACGAGCAUCAGUUCCCAGCACUCCACAUUAAGAGAAGACUGGAGAUGCCCCAAAACAGAGGAACCACACAGGCAGGGGGUGAAUAAUGUGAAGCCACCUGCGGUUGCCCCUGAGAAAGAUGAAUCUCCUGUUAGCAUUUGUGAAGAUCAUGAAAUGAGGAACCACUCUAAACCUACCUGCAGGCUUGUGCCUUCACAGGGAGAUUCCAUAAGACAAUGUAUCCUAACACGUGACUCAAGUAUUUUCAAGUAUAAUCCUGUCUUAAACGAUAGUCAAAAAACACAUGAAAACAACGAACACGAUGGAGUCUUGGGGCGGAACAUUCAGUGGGUUCCGUGUGGGAGAAAAACAGAGCUGAAAUCAAGCACAUGGACUGGCAGUCAGAACACUGUGCAUCAUAUACGUGAUGAAAUUGAUAUGGGGGCCAACAGGCACCAGCGGAAUCCAUUUGGAAAAGCUUUCCGUGAAGACGGAUCCCUUAGGGCACACAACACUCGUGGUCAAGAGAAAAUGUAUGAUUUUACUCAGUGCGAGAACACCUCCAGAAAUAACUCAAUUCACGCCGUGCAGGUGCAGUUGUAUACCGCAGAGACAAACAAGAAGGAUUGUCAAACUGGGGCAACCUCUGCCAACGCUCCAAAUUCCGGUUCACACAAGAGUCAUUGCACUGGAGAGAAAACCCAUAAAUGCCCCGAAUGUGGGAGAGCCUUUUUUUAUCAGUCAUUCCUUAUGAGACAUAUGAAAAUUCACACUGGAGAGAAACCGUAUGAAUGUGGGAAAUGUGGGAAAGCCUUUAGAUAUUCCUUACACCUUAAUAAACAUUUAAGAAAGCAUGUCGUGCAGAAGAAGCCCUAUGAAUGUGAAGAAUGUGGGAAAGUCAUUCGGGAGUCCUCAAAAUAUACACAUAUAAGGAGCCACACUGGAGAGAAACCCUAUAAAUGUAAGACAUGUGGAAAAGACUUUGCAAAGUCGUCAGGACUUAAAAAACAUCUUAAGACUCACAAAGAUGAGAAGCCCUGUGAAUGAAAGGAAGGUGGAAAAUUUUUCAUUAAUUUUCUGACUGUACCAAACAUGUGGGGAGGACAUAUUGGAAGGGAGCUCAAGGGGUUAGCAUGAGUGAGAACAUCUUCCCUGAACUCUCCUAUCUUACAGAAAUGUGAAAAAAAACCCUGUGAAGGUAAAGUCUACAGAAAGCCUUUCAUCUUCAUUCAUCUUGAGUAGACAUUUGUUCUCACCCUGGAGAGAAACUGCGAAUCUAAAAAGAAUAUGACAAAGCCUUCAGCGUGGUCUCAAAUUCAUGGUUCAUACAAGAACUCACACUGCAGAGACUCCUUACGGAAAUAAAAAAUGUAGGAAAGACCUGCCGGCCGCGGUGGCUCAUGCCUGUAAUCCCAGCACUUUGGGAGGCCGAGGCGGGCGGAUCACGAGGUCAGGAGAUCAAGACCAUCCUGGCUAACACGGUGAUACCCCAUCUCUACUAAAAAUACAAAAAAAAUUAGCCGGGCGUGGUGGCAGGUGCCUGUAGUCCCAGCUACUUGGGAGGCUGAGGCAGGAGAAUGGUGUAAACCUGGGAGGCGGAGCUUGCAGUGAGCCGAGAUUGAGCCACUGCACUCCAGCCUGGGGGAAAGAGCGAGACUCCGUCUCAAAAAAAAAAAAAAGUAGGAAAGACCUCUUUAAACACUUACCACUCAUGUUGCAUGUGAAUCCACAUCCUGGAGGGAGGCUACAACUGGAAUAAAAAUAAGAAAGCUUUCAAGGCUUGGUGCAGUGACUCACACCUGUAAUCCUAGCACUUUGGGAGGCCAAGGUGGGGGAUUGCUUGAGUCCAGGAGUUUGUGACCAGCCUGGGCAACGUGGAGAAACCCCAUCUCUACAAAAAAAAAAAAAAAAAAAAGCAAAAA